CAAAACACCGACAGAGGAUAUGAGGAGCGCGGGGUCGACAGCAGUACAAAACAACCGAAUUCGGCGGAAAAUUUAAGCCAUAACUUUGAUAUAUGGCUAGCUUUUAUAAGACGCUAUUCGCUUUAAACAAUAGGAAAGAAUACACACUCGGAAAACAUCUGGUUUGAGAGUGCACACUUAGCAGUAAAUGUAGCGCUAAUUAGCUUUCGGUAGCUAUCCAGCUAAAGUAGUGUGUGUUGGAAUAGCCAGCGACGUCUUCGGGGUGUCAGUGUUAACAUGCGGAGGAGCCUGUGUUGACGAGAACUCUUUGGAAGAGGCUGGCCAGCGAUCAACGUUUACUGGAUACGGGUAGAAACAGGAAGGCACUUUUUGCGGUGAAAACAUCGACCCAAGAAGAGGAUAGCUGACGAGCUGAACAACUAAGAAUGAUUCUGCCGACGUUUCACUCUUCUAUGCGCGCAAGAAACGUCACCAUAGGUCACGUCCUCACCUUUUCCACCAACAACCCGAUAACCUUGGACAGCGACGGCGAUUCCGACCAAUCAGAGACCAUGUCUGGGACAGAGUCGGAGCUUGACCAUAACCUCAAUAGACCGCAUGUCAACUGCUCAGAGGAGAGGAGGAGUCGUGUGCGGGUGCUCUCGGAAUCGGAGGCGUCUUCGGCAGGCAGAGCGGUGGACUCAGAGUUCCAGGAGAGCAGGUCUUCAGAAGGGGUCCCAUUCCGCGCGCGUUCACAGUCAGCCCCUGCCGCCCUGUGGGCGGCCAAGCGCUACGGCAGGCAGCUGCGGCGCAUGAGCGACGAGUUCGACACCUGGCUGGACAAAGGGGAGAUGAAGAAGGUGCGCAGCGUGGGAGUGGCCCGGCAGAUGAAGACGUCCCGCAGCUGGUUCUCCUUCCUCUGGAGCCCCAGGGAGACGGAGGAUGAGCCAGGAGAGGGUGGGGCUGCGUAAGCCAGCAAGUCUGUGUAGGUGGUGUUAGGUGGGGUGGGUUGGGACAGCAACAUCAGAUUAAACCAAACUAAUGUUGCUGAAGUUUGGGUGGUAUUUACUAGAGAAACAAGUAGGUGGGAGAAGGAGACAAGAUAUGACUGUUUCCUUUGUAAUGCAUGAAGGUGGCAACUGUCAAACUCCCAGAGGGCUGUGUGUGGGCUUUUUUUUUUUUAGAUGUUUCGAUCAAUUCAAGUGGCUUAUUUGGUCCAAUUUGUUGAUGAACUGUGUAUGUUUAUGUGUGAGCAUUUCCCAGAGUCCACUGCAGUUUAAUAUCUUUGCAGAAUACUGCAAUGAUGCAGUGGCAGUAAUGGUCCAACAGUGAAUGUGUCAUACAUAAUUUUAUGUAUAGCACAUCCAUGGCAGAACAGGUUGACAUUCCGUUGUUAAGAAAAAUGUUACUCAGCAAAAAAAAGAUGCAAAUGCAAUGGGGGUUACCCAGAAUAAAGUGACUAAAGUAGCAUUUAAGGCCCUCCAAAAAUGUGUAUAUAAGUGUAGUAUACACAGAUGCAAUAAAACAAAAGUACAAUCUUGUUAUGUGACAAUCUUUCUCGUGCCAGGAGUUAUCUACUAAAGCCUUUAAAUGCCUUGUAAGGAAAGAAGUUGAGUAGAAGGAGUUGCUAAACAAUGUUUCGUAGUUCUCUGGUGAAUGGUUAUGUGUAUAUGAAUUUCAAAACCAAUUCUUAUGGGGAAAAAUGUCUAAGAUUUUGUGUUUGUAUAGUAAAAUUGUCUUUUUUAAAGGAUUCAAGGAAAAAAAAUGAUGAAAAUUGAACAAAAAUUCUUUACAAAUGUUAAUAUGCCAGCAAGGCUGUGUCUUAUUUUAUAAUAAAGCAGGGAUUGUGUAUAGUAUUCCAUGUGCAUAAUUUUUUUUUUACAUUUUUGAUUAGCAUAUAAAUGCCCUGGAAAUGUCAUUCCUUCUUGUGUGGCCAAUGAUAUGCAAACAGCACAGACUACCCACCCAACCAAAGAUGCUGAUCUUUUUAGGUGGGGAAAAGGCCACCACAGUGAAGACUGCUUACCAUGUACCAUGGUCCCUGCUGUACAGUCACUGGAUUAAAAAAAAAAUUAAGAUUGUUAAAGUUCCUCUUAGAAGUCUUCGAUUCCAUGUGCUCAUGGUAAUGUGGUUUAAAAUGUGCUUUUAAGUGCAAUUGCAGGGGAAACCCCACUCCAAACAUGUCGAGUAUCAACUUUGACACGGGUCAGCAACCACUGAUUUGUAUGUGUGAGACUGUUCACUUCCUGUUCGCUCAACAAGGCUACUGGGGCACU